UGCAAAAAAAAGCUGACUGUGUUCCUCUGUCUUUGAAGUGGAGCACGUUAUACAACCAGUUUGCUUUCUUUUUCAUUUUAUGCGCUAUAGGCUACGUGUAUUUUAUUAUAACCCGAGAAAUAAAGAUUAAUACCAUUAAUUAAUACUAUUGCGGGCGUUUUGUUUGUCCGGAAGAAAAGGCCGUCGACUCUAUUUUAAACGCUCAACGGAGAAACACUUCAGAAAACACAUGAAAUAAUGGCAUACUACUGUCUUCUGCUCACUGCUUUUGUUUUGGUCGUUGUUGGUGUGUUUGGUGAUGAUGUGGUGACAAAGAUGGAGGGAGACACAGUCACUCUAAACACUGGUAUAAUCAAAAAAGAGCAUGACAAGUUGCUGUGGUAUUUUGAAGACACUCGCAUCGCUCUGGUCAAUGGACAUCCCAACACGAGCUGUUUAUAUGAUGGAGAAGACGGGAGAUUCAGAGACAGACUGAAGGUGGACUAUGAGACUGGAUCUCUGAUCAUCACAAACAUCACAAGUCAACACACUGGACGUUAUGAAGCAGAGAUCAUCAGAAGUGAGAGUUCAGGGAAAAGACAAAGUUUAAACAGAAACCGCAAGUGUGACAGCACAAAAAUCACCAAAAAAAUCACCAUCAGUCAUGAUGAUAACAUAAAAACUUUCAAUGUGAUUGUCACUGCUGCUCUAUCUGCCCAAGUCAAAAUCGACGAAGAGCCCCGUAUGGAGAAGAGGGAGUCUGACUUUGCUGUUUCAGGUUCAGGUCUGUCUUCAGCGGCUGUAGCAGGAAUUGUUGUUGGUGUUAUUGUUGUUCUGCUGCUGCUGACUGUUGUAGCUGCUGUUAUUAAAUAUCGCAGCAGGAGCUCCAGAAAUACAGCCAACGAGAAAAACUCCAAUAAAGGAUUACUGCAAAACAAUGAGGAGGUCCUAAAAGUGUGAUUAUGAAACAAGAAAAAACUGCUUACCUGUAAAACAUAUUGCACUACUGUACCUUGAUCAAACACUGAUUGUAACACUGGACACACUAAUUUUAAGGCAAUAAGUGCACCUUUUUAGCUUUAAAAGGUAGCAUCAUAGGUUUGAUUUGGUGUGGUUUUAUCAUUCAUUUGUAAUCAUAUGAGUCUGCAAUCCUAUGUAGUUGUUUUUUUCAUUGUAUAACAAGAUAUAUUAUUAUAUUUUCCAUUGCUAAAAUUGACUGUUGUGAAUGUAUUCUGGAUGAAAUAACUGUGAAGUCUGGGCACAGCUGAACAGAGCAGUUUAAGGUUCUGGAAGUGUCUAUGAAACUUAUUGUUUCUUUGUGCAAUAAAUCAAGAUUUGGAUGAAACAUA